AUGUCUGAUCAGCUCAAUAGUCAGCCGAACCAUCCUGGCAAUCGCGCCAAUCCACAUACAAUUUCCAACUUGUCGGCCGGGUUAAAGUCUGUGUCAAUAGCAGACCAACAGCAGAAUGAAAUGAAUUUGAAGCUUUUGCAACAGCAACUACAGAAUGAGGCAGCGGCAGGACAUAAUAGCUCACAGCAACAACAACUGCAGCAACAGCAGCAGCAACAACAACAACAACAGCAGCAGCAGCAGCAGCAGCAGCUUCACCAACAACAACAACAACAGCAAUCUCGGAUAACGCAGUUUUUCCAGAACCAACCAACAGAAGGUUACACUUUGUUCUCUCAUCGGUCAGCUCCCAAUGGGUUUAAAGUGGCAAUCAUCUUGUCCGAGCUCAACUUACCUUUCAACACCAUUUUUCUCGACUUUAACGACGGCGAACAGCGAGCUCCUGAGUUUGUCACCAUAAAUCCAAACGCGAGAGUACCAGCAUUGAUCGACCACUACAACGAAAACACCUCAAUAUGGGAAUCGGGCGCGAUCGUGAUAUACCUAGUCAACAAAUAUAUCAAGGAAAAUAACGGCGAAUGCAGCUUAUGGAGCGAUAACUUGGUGGAGCAAAGCCAAAUCAACUCGUGGCUUUUCUUCCAAACCAGCGGCCACGCGCCCAUGAUUGGACAGGCGUUGCAUUUUAGAUACUUCCAUUCCGUGCCCGUGCCCAGCGCAGUGGAGAGGUACACCGACGAGGUCAGGAGAGUCUACGGAGUGGUGGAAAUGGCCUUGGCCGAGAGGAGAGAGGCGUUGAUCAUGGAUUUGGAUGUCGAGAAUGCCGCUGCUUACAGCGCGGGCACUACUCCAUUGUCUCAGUCGAGAUACUUCGACUACCCCGUGUGGCUCGUGGGCGACAGAGCCACCGUGGCCGAUUUAUCGUUUGUGCCUUGGAAUAACGUUGUGGACAGAAUCGGUAUAAAUUUAAAAGUUGAAUUUCCCGAAGUUUACAAAUGGACUAAGUACAUGAUGAGAAGGCCGGCUGUGAUCAGAGCUCUACGUGGCGAUUGA